AUGGCUCUGGGUCAGGCCCUGGUGCACCUGAGGAUCACUCUCCUGCAUCUCUGGCUGGGUGUAUUACUACUUCUUUCUGGAUGGUCCCAAUCUGCACAUAUUCAACACCAUAGUCCCCCAGAAGUAGUGAUACCCUUGAGGGUAACUGGCACAAGUAAAGACAGGACUCAAAACUGGCUCUCCUACAGCCUCCACUUUGGGGGACAGAGAUAUUUUGUCCACAUGAAGGCCAAGAAGCUUUUGGUAUCCAAACACCUCUCUGUGUUCACCUACACAGAUCAGGGCGCUCUUCUCGAGGACCAGCCUUAUGUGCAAAAUGACUGCUACUAUCAUGGUUAUGUGGAAGGGAACCCAGAAUCCCUGGUUGCUCUUAGCACCUGUUUUGGGGGCUUUCAAGGAACACUACAGAUAAAUGAUAUGCUCUAUGAAAUCAAGCCCAAGAGCCUUUCUGACACAUUUGAACAUCUAGUUUAUAAGAUGGAUACUGAUGAGACAGAAAUCCACCCCAGAAGAUGUGCAUUAACGGAAGAAGAAAUAGCACGACAACUGAAGCUUCAAGGACGUGAUAAAUCCAUUUUGAUGCAAAGUGGCUAUGAGGGCUGGUGGACCCACACACGGUUUAUUGAACUGGCAUUGGUUGUAGACUAUGAACGUUUCCUUCAUCGGCAAAGUAAUACAUCAAAAGUGCUACAGGAAUUAUUCAUCAUUCUCAAUGAAGCAAAUUUAGUUUUAGCCUCACUGGAUGUUGAUAUUGCUUUACUUGGACUUGAGAUCUGGAAUAAAGGAAACCCCAUGCUACUGGAAGAAAUAUUUCCUGUCCUGCGAGAAUUUUGCAAGUGGAAGAGAGCAAACCUUAAUAAUCGCAUACCACAUGAUGUAGCACAUCUUUUCGCAAAGCAUAAUUUUGGUAUAUAUCUUGGUGUAGCUUAUAAGAGCACUGUGUGUAAUCCCACUUUUAGUUGUGGAGUUGAUAGUCUUUUGGGAGAUGAUUUCCAUAGCAUUGGCCACAUUGUAGCACAUGAGCUCGGUCAUAAUCUGGGAAUGGAUCAUGAUGACCAUGCUCCAUGUACCUGUGGGCAGGAAGAGUGUGUAAUGACUCCCAUAGAAAAUCUGUCUACAAAAUUCAGCAACUGCAGUUAUUCUGUAUUGGUGAAAAUUGAUGCAACAAAAAGCUGUAUACUCAGUGCACCCAAUGUUGCGGACAUCUUGCCAUUGAAGCACUGUGGGAAUGGCAUGGUUGAAGAUGGGGAGGAGUGUGACUGUGGAUCCUUAAAAAUGUGUAAAAACGAUCCAUGUUGUCAGCUAGGCUGCACUCUAAAAUCUGGUGCCCGCUGUGCUUCUGGGCUUUGUUGCAAAAAUUGCCAAUUCAUGCCAUCAGGCACAGUGUGUAGAGAACAGGGCAAUGUAUGUGAUCUUCCAGAAUGGUGUAAUGGAACUUCACAGGACUGUCCAGAAGAUGUUUAUCUGCAGGAUGGCAGUCCUUGCCUAGGCAUGGGCUUCUGCUAUGAAAAGAGAUGUAAUAUCCAUGAUGAGCAGUGUAGGCAGAUUUUUGGCAUUAAUGCCAGGAGUGCAUCUCGGAGUUGCUAUAGGGAAAUGAACACCAGAGGUGACCGUUUUGGUAACUGCGGAAUAAGUCGCGAUACAUACAUAAAGUGUAAUAGCUCAGAUAUCCUCUGUGGGAGAAUUCAGUGUGAUAACGUGGCAGAAAUUCCCUUUUUAAGAGAACACUCUACUGUGCAUCGGACUCAAUUCAAUGAGUUCACAUGCUGGGGUAUUGACUACCAUUCAGGAAUGAGCAUACCUGAUAUUGGUGAUGUGAAAGAUGGCACAGAGUGUAGUCCACUACAUGUGUGCAUGAACAGGAAGUGUGUUCACAAGUCAGUUUGGACAAGUGAUUGUUCACCAAAUACUUGCAAUAUGAAAGGGGUCUGCAACAAUAAACAUCACUGCCAUUGCAACUUUGGAUCUGGUCCCCCCAACUGCCUGAUAAAUGGCUCUGGAGGUAGUGUUGACAGUGGCCCUCCUCCUGAGACAAAUGAAGGAUUGGCCAGAAGUUACUUUAAUCUACUUUUUUGGAUUCCUUUUUGGGUUUUAUUUUUGUGUUUGUUAGUUUUGCUGUGGAAGAGGCAUACAGCAUCUAAGAAAGAAGGGGAAGCUCCAACUUCUGUCUAA